AUGGUCCUGAACGUCGCCCCGGAGGUCAAGAAAAUGAAGGCCCUGGAGGUCCCGGAGGUCCAGAAGGUCAGGGAAGACAAGGUCCCGGAGGUCCCGGAGGUCCAGAAGGUCAGGGAAGACAAGGUCCCGGAGGUCCCGGAGGUCCAGAAGGUCAGGGAAGACAAGGUCCCGGAGGUCCCGGAGGUCCAGAAGGUCAGGGAAGACAAGGUCCCGGAGGUCCCGGAGGUCCAGAAGGUCAGGGAAGACAAGGUCCCGGAGGUCCCGGAGGUCCAGAAGGUCAGGGAAGACAAGGUCCCGGAGGUCCCGGAGGUCCUGAAGGUCAGGGAAGACAAGGUCCCGGAGGUCCCGGAGGUCCAGAAGGUCAGGGAAGACAAGGUCCCGGAGGUCCCGGAGGUCCAGAAGGUCAGGGAAGACAAGGUCCCGGAGGUCCCGGAGGUCCAGAAGGUCAGGGAAGACAAGGUCCCGGAGGUCCCGGAGGUCCAGAAGGUCAGGGAAGACAAGGUCCCGGAGGUCCCGGAGGUCCUGAAGGUCAGGGAAGACAAGGUCCCGGAGGUCCCGGAGGUCCGGGAAGACAAGGUCCCGGAGGUCCCGGAGGUCAGGGAAGACAAGGUCCCGGAGGUCCCGGAGGUCCAGAAGGUCAGGGAAGACAAGGUCCCGGAGGUCCCGGAGGUCCAGAAGGUCAGGGAAGACAAGGUCCCGGAGGUCCCGGAGGUCCAGAAGGUCAGGGAAGACAAGGUCCCGGAGGUCCCGGAGGUCCAGAAGGUCAGGGAAGACAAGGUCCCGGAGGUCCCGGAGGUCAGGGAAGACAAGGUCCCGGAGGUCCCGGAGGUCCGGGAAGACAAGGUCCCGGAGGUCCCGGAGGUCAGGGAAGACAAGGUCCCGGAGGUCCCGGAGGUCCAGAAGGUCAGGGAAGACAAGGUCCCGGAGGUCCCGGAGGUCCAGAAGGUCAGGGAAGACAAGGUCCCGGAGGUCCAGAAGGUCAGGGAAGACAAGGUCCCGGAGGUCCCGGAGGUCCGGGAAGACAAGGUCCCGGAGGUCCCGGAGGUCAGGGAAGACAAGGUCCCGGAGGUCCCGGAGGUCCAGAAGGUCAGGGAAGACAAGGUCCCGGAGGUCCCGGAGGUCCAGAAGGUCAGGGAAGACAAGGUCCCGGAGGUCCCGGAGGUCCAGAAGGUCAGGGAAGACAAGGUCCCGGAGGUCCCGGAGGUCCUGAAGGUCAGGGAAGACAAGGUCCCGGAGGUCCAGAAGACAAGGUCCCGGAGGUCCCGGAUGUCAGGGAAGACAAGGUCCCGGAGGUCCCGGAGGUCCUGA